AUGUGUGGGUGGGGAGAUAGAAGAUUUUUGUGGAAUAGUGUUUUACCAUUUUUCUUGAUUUUGUCUUCGAUGGAGUCUAGACCGGAGGACUUGCGAAUAGUGUCAUUAUUAACGAACCAGGGUGAGGCGGUGUUUGUCUGUAAGCCAACGUUUUGGACAGAUUCAAUCUUUCUCAAGUUCGAACGCGCCAGUAAUGGCGCCCAGGCUGGACCGGCAUAUGAUAGAACUGAGCCAAUGUACAAUUGGAGGCAUGUGAUUUUAGCUUUAAUCGGUAUCGUACUGCGGUGA